AUGUUACGAGUAGCCGAGGUUCUCCUCAUUGAGUCCAUCAGCGAUGUCGAGGGAACAACGACGACGCGCUUUUACGCCGGUCCGUCAGCGAAGUCAUUACCGGGCCCAAAACUUCCGGAGUACCAUCCGAAGUCUCUUGAGUCUUCACUAUCGAAACCCGGAGAAAGAGAAAAAGAAGACCGCAAUGAAGGAGGAGUACGAGGAAUGCCAUCGGCGGUCACACGAGAGGAAGAAACCCCCGAUGGAGAAAAAGAAGUAGGAAGAGGAGUGCCACCGGCAAUAACAUAUUUAGCGCACCGCAACUUCCUGGUGCCUGCCGCCGUGCUUCCCUCGGCCAUCUCCCUGUCGAAGCCUGAAGUCCUGGGACUUGUUGCUCGUAUCAUUAUCGUGGUGGGCGAUGAUACGCUUGUGCGAGCACUUGAGCCCUGGAUUACGAAAGAGAGGGGAGGAGGAAACGGAGCAAAGGCCGGAAAAAUAGGGUUUCCCGAAGCAGAUCUUAAGAGAUUUAUCAGGGCGCACAUACAGGCGGAUAAUGAUGGACUACGCCAGGAGGAGGAGGAUGCAGCUGGGGAGAUGCCGGGUUUCGUCAGCGUUAUUGGUUGGUGGAGGCGGAGAGUCCAGGAUCUCUCCAGUUUUGUCGUGGAGCGAAAGAUUGCCGACGGGAGACCUCGGAGCACCGAUGACGAUUCUAUGCCGCUGAACCGCACGUUUGACCGUUAUUCCCCCUGGCCGGCUUGUACACACAGGCCUCAUCACUUGCUCUCAACGUCCCAGAAGGGAGGGGUGGCGAUCAAUGUCGCGCAAGAGUGCAUGUCUCUAUAUUGGGCUGUGGUCGACGGUAUCCAGACCGUCGUAGAUGACGGACAACAACAACAACAACAACAACAACAACAACAACAACAACAACAACAACAACAACAACAACAACAACAACAGCAGCAGCAGCAGCAGCAGCAGCAGCAAUUAGGCGAAGAGGCGGAUAAGGAAAGGAAGAUUGCUUCACGGGAGGCCAUCGAUAAUAUGGUUAUGCGAAACCCGCACGCCGGAUUCAAGACCCGCCGGGAACACGAGGAGGAACCCACCCCGGGGACUCGGCUCUCUCAGUUUGUCAAGGCGCUGGGGCAAGUCGAGUCCAUGCCACCUGACUGCCUUCAAAACUUUGUGCAGUCCGUCAUCGCGCACAAUGGAAUUCGAGGGCCAGCUCGUCUGGUGGCACUGGAUCCUGGCGUCCGCAGCCUUUUCCUUAUUGUUGCCCGUCGGCGUAACGUCAGCGUCCGCAAAGUUGUUCUUCAAUUAUUGGUCAUCUUUACUGCCGGAGGGCUCUGCACCGCGGAAUGGAGGCUAGCCGACAGCGUCUCCAUCCCGACCAGGGUGAAGGCGGCCGUGGGACCGCUGAUUUUCCUUGUUCCAUUUCACCUGGUCGGUGUUGCCGGGUACCUCUCCCGACAAAUGCGCAAAACCAGAGGAUCCCAGGAUCCAACCGCGGGCCGGGCUCAGGGGGUGUCUGCGCCUUAUCGCGACUGGCACAACGACAGGGCUUACUGUUGUUAUCUGGGAAUUUGCGUGCGAGUGCCUUGCCUGUUGGUGUGCAGUAUCGGAGCCUGGAAGAUUGGCGACAGUGAGCUCGACGCCGACGUCAAGACCGCUGCAGGAAUGUGGGCCAUCUGGUACGCCCCGGCCGCUGUGCACAGGAGCUUGAUAACGUAUGAUUGA